AUGGAAAAGUUUGCAAUGAGUUUCGGGGCUGGCCCCAGCAGGAAGGAGCUUCUGGAAACGCUUGAGUGCCAGAAGAAGCAGCUGGCCCAGUACCAGAGCCGCUUCAAGGAUGUGGUCCACGCGUACAAGAGUCUGCUGAAGGAAAAGGAGGCCCUGGAGGCCGGUCUCAAAGUCUUGAGCACGUCUCAGGAUGCAGACGUACACGGGCGGCUCUGCGGGCAUGUUGUCGUCCAACAGGACUGCGGAGACGGUGCGGAAGCCCUGCCAACGGCCAAGGAUGUGGCCGAGAAAAAUGCGCCAGAAGCCGCACGUACCGACGAAGUAGCGACGCCUCGGGACGGGGAAGCAAAGGUUCAGUGGAGGAGUCAAGUGGGCACACUCACCAGUGCGCUGGCCACCGUGACGCAAGAGAAGUCUCGCAUGGAGGCCAGCUUCCAGGCCGACAAGCGGCAACUCAAGUUGGAAGUGGACCACCUGCGGGAGCGCCUCGUCGCCGCGGGUGCGCAGCAGCAGGCCGAGGUCCGCGACCUGCAGCUGCAGCUGGCAGAGAGCCGCGCUCGCGUCAUCACGCAGCAGCACGAGCGCGAGCAGGAACAAAGCGACCAGUUGCAGCAGCUGCAGGAGCUGCAAAAGAUCCUGCAGCACGAGCGGGACCUGCGACAGGACGCUGAGCUGCGGCUGCACGAGGCCAACUUCCUGGCGGCGGCGCACGCCGUGGACGGCGGGGCCGAAUCGGAGGUGCUCCUGAGUCAGGCCGGCGAGGAGCACGAGCAGCUGAGGAGUAAAGCGCGUGCCGCCGAGGAGCGACAAAAGCAAGCGGAUCCCGGGACAGAGGGCUUACGACAGGAGCUGAGCCAGCUCAAGAACAGCCACCAGGACCAGAUCCAACAGCACAAAGAUGAGAUGUGUCGGGAGGAGGCGCGCGCUCACGCCGCAGAGCUGCGGGUGGGCGCUCUGGAGCAGCGUGUGUCCGAGCUCUCGGACCUUCUGGGUUCUUGCGAGAGGGCGAGGCAGCGUGAGCAGCAGGCGGCUCAGAGGCUUCGGGAAAGGAUGGCGCAGUUGGACGCCGAGAACCAAACGCUGAUCUCCAGUAGGUGUCCGGAUGACUCCCAGCUGGACCUGAAGGACAAGUUGGAGAAGGUGAAGAAGCUGCUUCUGGCCGCCCAGAAGAACCCGCUCGGCGAGCCGGAACCGGUGCGAGACGCCGCCAGCCAGGAGGAGCUGUGGCAGCUCAAAGAUGAGUUGGAGCGCUACAAGCUUCGAGCCAAGGCGACGCCCAAGAGCGGCGACAACGCUGCCAAGGAGGCCUGCGCGGCCCGCGAGCUGGAGGAGGUCCGUGAGCAGUUGGCCGACCUCAGGGAGAAGUACAUCAGCUUGCGCGGGGAGAGCGACAAGGCGGCAGCCGUGCAGCAGCGCCAGCUCCAGGAGCAGCAGCAGCGCACAGCGGCGCUGCUGCGCUGCCAGCGGCAGGAAGCCGAGCGCAACCAGACGCUCCACUGCGACCAGCUGCUGCGUCUGGAGGCGGAGCUGCACAAACAGCGGGAGCGGACCGUGGCUCUGCUGGGCGACAAGGACCGGGAGCUGGAGCUCCUGCGAGCCGCCACCAAAUCCCUGACUGAAGAGGACGUCAGCGCCCGCAAAGUGGAGGGGGAGAGGCAGGCGGACGUGAUGGCGCGAGCCCUCCGGCAGGCCGCGCCCGCCCAGCCCGCGCUCCUCCUUUACGCUGAGCAGCUGUCCCGAAAGGAAGUGGAGGCGGCGGGCCUGAGGCGGCAGAAGCGUCAGCUGGAGGAGGACAUCCGCCGGCUGCACGGCAAACUGGCGGCCAGCGCCCAACGUCAUGACGACGAGACGUGCCAACUUCGAGCGCAGCUGGACCAGCUGAACCGCGAGCGCAAGCGCGAGGGCUCCAACGUGGAGUACCUGAAGAACGUCAUCUACAAGUUCCUGACACUGCCCGACGCCAGCGGCAGGCAGCAGACGCUCAACGCCAUUCUCAGCAUCCUUCAGUUCAGUCCGCAGGAGAAACAUUGUGUCCUCAGGCAGCAGGGAGCGCCAUGGUGGAGCAGCCACACCAGAUGAUCUGUUUGCAAAUGAACGUGUCUCUCUUUUUCCCCGCCAGUUAGAUGGCAAUAAAUGUUGACUUGUCACCAGUCAA